AUGAAAUCGCUCUUUGAUGGAACUUUAGCUUUAGCUAGUUGUGACCAAGAAACCACAGGUUUCACGCCGGGAAUUCCUGACUCAAUUGUGAAUUUUGAUAUAGCAAGUAAAAAUAGCAAUUUCUCUUCCCUCCUCCGAAUACAAGGAACAUUAACCUCCCUGUCUAGACAAAAAUAUCCACUAAAGGCUGCCGGAAUCCAGAUAGAUUAUGACAGCUUGCACCAUCCAUCACAUCUGAAGCAUCUCUAA